CCCGGGUCGUGUCCCGGGCGAAGGAGCCAAGCGGCAGAGGGAGGAUGGCGGGGCCAAAUGUCUGCGGCAGACAGUGUUGCCCAGGGUGGACCACGGCUCCCAGCACAAACCACUGCAUCAAACCUGUCUGCGACCCGCCGUGCCAGAACAAGGGCUCCUGCAGCCGCCCCCAGGUCUGUACCUGUCGCUCGGGCUUCCAGGGCUCCCGGUGCGAAGAAGUCGUUCCUGAGCAGGAGUACCACCCGCCUGCUGCCGCCGCCGCCUUCCAGCCCCCCACAAGCUCCCUCCGGAGGAGGACCGGCACGGCAGGGCGGGAUGCCUCCCUGCGAGGAGCUCAGGCGCCCGUCCCGCGGCACGUCCCAGCUGUGACUCAGAGCAGAAUUGGCUCUCCUGUCUCCCCCCAGCACACAGGGCCGUCACGGACUGUCCGGCGCUACCCAGCCAGCAAUGGCCAACUCACCUCUAAUGCACUCCCCAACGGGAAUGGACAUGAGCAGAGCAGCUCUGGGCCACAUGCGGUUUCCCAGGAGCACACCUUGGCUGCAAGGGGGGCCAACCUGACAGAGAAGAUUAGGAAGAUAAAAAUCGUCUUCACACCCACCAUCUGCAAACAGACGUGCCGGAGUGGGCGCUGCUACAACAGCUGCGAGAAAGGAGACACCACCACUCUCUAUAGCCAAGGGGGGCACGACCACGAUCCCAAGUCUGGCUUCCGCAUCUACUUCUGCCAGAUCCCCUGCCUGAACGGAGGGCGCUGCGUGGGCCGGGACGAGUGCUGGUGCCCCUCCAACUCCACGGGAAAGUUUUGCCACCUGCCAGCUCCCUCUCUGGAAAAGCAGCAAGGAGGGAGAGCCCCAAAGACCCCGGCCAGCAGCUCCAUGAAGCACUCCACCUACACCCUGCCCUUGUCCAACCAGCUGGCUUCCCUAAACCCUUCCCUGGUGAAUGUCCACAUCAACCACCCUCCAGAAGCCACCGUGCAGAUUCAUCAGGUGGCCAGGGUGCGGGGUGAUGCAGAGGUGUCGGAGGAGAACAGCGUGGAGGCGGUCCUGGUGCCUCAGCUGGCUGCCGUGCCCUGGUACACCUAUGCCCAUGGGAACGGCAACAGCAUUGCCACAGAGAGCAGCCAGCAGCAGCAGAGAGCCCCGGCGCUGCUGGGGAGGUGCUUUCGGGAGGCUCUCCACGGGCAGUGCACCAACCCCCUGCCAGGGCUGACCAAGCUGGAGGACUGCUGCGGCAGUGUGGGGCUCUUCUGGGGUGCGGACCGGUGCCUGGCCUGCCCCCCCCGGCCAGCACACCCUGUGAUUGAGAAUGGGCAGGUAGAGUGUCCCCAGGGGUACAAGAGGCUGAACCGGAGCCACUGCCAAGAUAUCAACGAGUGCUUGAUGCAGGGGCUGUGCAAAGAUGCUGAGUGUGUGAACACCCGCGGCAGCUUCCGCUGCACCUGUAAGCCUGGCACCAUGCUGGACCCAUCCCGUAGCCAUUGCAUCUCGGACAAAGCGGUGUCGAUGGAGCAGGGGCUGUGUUACCGCUCAGCAACUGGAGGCGUGUGCUCCUUCCCCCUCUCCCACCACAUCACCCAGCAGAUCUGCUGCUGCAGCCGCGUUGGCAAGGGCUGGGGGAAGAACUGCAAGGAGUGCCCCGUGCCCGGCUCAGAAGCCUUCAAGGAGAUUUGCCCAGCAGGACAUGGCUACACCUACUCCAGCUCUGAUAUCCGCCUGUCAAUGAGGAAGGCAGAGGCAGAAGAGCUGCCCCUCAGCUUGGAAGAGCAAGGGGAGAGCAGCAACUGGACGUUGAACUGGGCAGCAAGGAGACAGCAACUGCAGGACAGCCUGCGUGGGAGCAUCCUGGAGGCAUUCCCCCACCCUGGCACCUCCGCAGGAGAGGGUGAAAUUUCUCCUGCUGCACAGGGCGCUGCUGAUGCCACCGCAGAGCCCGCCACGCGCAGAGAGGAAGAGGAGUCCUGGCGUGGUCGUCCCCAGCCUGGCCCCACCACCACCUGGGAUGCUGCCGCUCCAACACAGAUGCCAGCGCAGGGCUGGGAGGUUGGUGGCUGUGCCUCUUCACCCCUCUCCUGCGGAGCCGGCACUUGCGUGCUCACGCUGGAGGGAUACAGCUGCUUGUGCCACCCCGGCUACACGUUGGACCCCAGCCGUGUCCGCUGCAUCGAUGAAGAUGAGUGCCUGAAAGAUCCUUGUGCUGGAAAAGGUCGCUGCAUCAACAGCGUGGGCUCCUAUUUGUGCCUCUGCUACUCUGGGUACACCCUGGCUGUCUCGGAGGGCAAGCAGAGCUGUGAGGAUCGAGACGAAUGUGAGCUGCCCUCUGCCUGCCGAGGACAGCGAUGCAUCAACACCCCCGGCUCCUACCGCUGCGAGUGCAAGGAGGGCUUUGCCAUGGGCCCCAGAGGACAGUGCGAAGAUAUCAACGAGUGCGUGGAUCCCAGCCCUUGCCGCAGUGGGAAGUGUGUCAAUACGCUGGGAUCCUACAAGUGUGUCAGCUGUGGGGAUGGCUACCAGCCCAGGAAUGGGAGAUGUAUUGACGUGGACGAGUGCCUUGCAGAGGGGACUUGUGCUCACGGACGGUGUGUCAACCUGGACGGCUCCUUCCGCUGUUCCUGCUACCGGGGCUACGAGGUGGCACCUGACGGGAAGAGCUGCCAAGACAUCGAUGAGUGCACGGCCCAGGCUGCCUGUCCUUCUGGACUCUGCCUCAACACCGAGGGCUCCUACUCCUGCAUGGCUUGUGAUGCCGGCUACGCCGUCUCCAGAGAUGGCAGCAAGUGUGAAGAUAUGGAUGAGUGUGAGGACCCUGGUGUUCGGUGCCUGGGGGGAGAGUGCAGGAACACCCCGGGCUCCUACAAGUGCCACUGCCAGGCUGGCUUCGAGCUCAUCAAUGGCACCGUAUGCGAAGAUGUGAAUGAGUGCCUGAACAGCGAGAUCUGCAGCCCCAAUGGCGAGUGUCUCAACAGUCACGGAUCCUACUUCUGCAUUUGUGCUCCUGGCUUCUCGAACGCGGCUGGUGGAGUCAGCUGCCAAGAUGUGGAUGAAUGCGCAGACAAGUCCCGGUGCUCACAAGGCCAGUGCCUGAACACAGAAGGCUCCUACAGGUGUCUGUGUGAAAAUGGGUUCAAACACUCCCAGGAGACUGAUGACUGCGUGGACAUAGAUGAGUGCGCCAACGAGACGCUGUGCGGGAGCCAUGGCUUCUGUGAGAACUCGGAUGGCUCCUUCCGCUGCCUCUGCGACCGUGGCUAUGAGAGCUCGCCCUCCGGGCACUACUGCGUUGAUGUGAAUGAGUGUGAGCUGAUGGUCGCGGUGUGCGGGACUGCGCUUUGCGAGAACGUGGAGGGAUCCUUCCUGUGCCUCUGUCCCAGCGACCAUGAGGAGUACGACACAGAGGCAGGGCAGUGCCAGCCCCGAGCAGCCAUGGAGGGCCCCGAGACACACGCAGCCCACCUCUCUGACAGCGCAGAGCGCAAGCAGUGCUACUACCACAUCAGCGAUGUUCGCCUGUGCGACAGCGUCCUGGCCAAGAACAUCACCAAGGAAGAAUGCUGCUGUACUGUGGGGGCAGCCUGGGGUGACAACUGUGAGACUUACCCCUGCCCCAUCCCAGGCACAGUGGAGUACCAAGAGAUCUGCCCUCUCGGGAAGGGCUAUGUUCCCCAGGAAGAUCUGCUCUCAGGAAAAGUCUCUUUCACAGACAUGGACGAGUGUGAGAUAUUUGGCUCCGAGUUCUGCCGCAAUGGACAGUGUUUGAACACAGUGCCAGGCUACAAGUGCUUCUGCCGUACAGGCUACUUCUAUGACUCCAGCAGGCUUGAGUGCGUUGACCAGGACGAGUGUCAGAAUGAAGUGUACUGCAUCAACGGCGAGUGUCUGAACACGGACGGCUCCUACCACUGCUUCUGCAGCCUCCCUCUCGUGCUGGAUGCCACUGGCAACCGGUGUGUGAACCUCUCCAGCAGGGCAGAUGCCUUGGAGGAGUAUGAAAUCCACCUGGAUGUCUGCUGGCAGACCGUCGCUGACUACAUCUGCCAAGAUCUGCUGCAUGGCGAGCAGACCACGUACACCGAGUGCUGCUGCCGGCUCGGCGAAGCCUGGGGCCAGAACUGCGCGCUCUGCCCGCACAGGUCCUCCGCUGAUUUUGCUUUCCUGUGUAAUGGGGCCAGUGAAGACAGUGAGAGAGGGGCUGAGCUCCGAGAAGGACCUAGGUAUGAGUACGCACCAGGCUUGGAAGACCCCCACUAUGGCCUUCCCAGCCCCGAUAUGGGCCCCUACUACAACUACCUGGAGUCUGAGUACGGAAACCCCGAUGCUGGUUUCCCUCGGAGGGAACCCAACAGUGAGUUUCGAGGCAGCCCUCUCCACCGUGGCCCAGGGCGGUCCCCACCCCGCUACCUGCCCAGCCAAACUGGCCUCUACGAGGGCUUUGAGGGGCUGCAGGCUGAGGAGUGCGGGAUCCUCAACGGCUGCGAGAACGGGCGCUGCGUGCGCGUCCGGGAGGGCUACACCUGCGACUGCUUUGACGGCUUCCAGCUGGACAUGACCCGCAUGGCCUGCGUGGAUAUCAACGAGUGCGAGGAGGUGGGCAGCCCUGAGCCCCUGUGCCGGGGCGGCACCUGUGAGAACACGGAGGGCUCCUACCGCUGCCACUGCUCACCGGGCUACGUGGCCCUGGCCCAGCCCCACCACUGUGUGCCCCAGACAGCCCAGAGCCCCGCAGCAGCGUAGCUCUAGGGGAGCGGGGGUGAGGGUGCUCCCCUCCGGCGCGCGGCUCUGGCACUCGGGACCUGGGAGCACAAAGGCCCCCCGGGGCUGCAGGUGCUUCGAGGCUCUUCGCUCCUUCCCCUCCAAAGCGCACAACUUCCCCGCCACCUCUCUCUACAGGCCAGGGCUGAGCUCCCAGCCUCUGCACCCCCCUCCGCCCUGCCAGCCCCUGCUCCUGCCGCAGCAGAGCCCACCCCGGACCCCAGCUCCUGUCGCAUCGCCCCGUGCCACGGAGGCUCACGGGACACCUUCCCCUGCCACGCAGCCCCAGCCUUCCCCCCCCUUGCCCUGCUGAGAAAGGGGGUUCAUCAUCCACUGCUGCACUGACCUACCGACAAGCCUCACCCACACCGCGGGUGCUGGCCCCGCUCCUCGUGAAGCAUCCAGCCCCCACACCAUAGCUUUGAGGGAGGGGUCAGCCAGCUUUCUAAAGCUGCUGCCUAACCUUGGGGUGUGGGGGAGAGGCCAGAGGGGCCCCAGGGCCAGCUCUCCCUGUAGCCAGCCCAGGCGCACCCCUUAGCCCCCCACUUUGCCUUCAUGCCCCACACUGGCUGGGUGGGGGGAGGUGGGGGGCAGGUCCAGCUUCCUUUCUGUAAAGUUGUUGGUGACUUUUUUUUUUUUUUUAACCAAGUCUGCUGGAAACUUCUCUCAUGUUGUUAAAUAAAACAUUUAUUUUGGGCCCCUGUGGCUCAAGACACUGGG